GCAAGCUCGAAAAGUGGUAGUGACUGUCUUCGAAUCACCCAAACGUUGACAUUAAUAUCGUUCAGGAUGAAGUUCGUGGUUAUUUUCUUGUUCUGCUGUGUCGUUACUGCGUUGGCGAGGCCCGAAUUUUUGGCGGAGGAUGACCUGCAAGCAGAUGAUCAUCUAGAGCUUAAUAAUGUAGCAAUGGAUCGUAUCAGACGAAGCGGUGAAAGCGGCGAGAAGGGUUCGAAGAAAUCUAAGGAAUCCGGAGAAUCAAAGGAGGACACGAGCAAUGGCGACGAGAGCUGUACUGAGCAAGAGACCUCGAAAGAACAAGUCACAUCUUCAGUAAGUAAACGAAGCAUAGAGGAUUCCAGUUCCGGACAAGGCACCAGCGAAGAGGGCGAUGGAGGAAAUGGUAAAUCUGGAUCAGGGAACGGUGGUGGGGGUCUCAUACCAUUCGAUUUGAACAAUGCUGUGCAAACGAUCGCGCGUAUAUUGGGGAUACCUGAGAUAAAGAGCAUAGAUGACAUAUGGCUCCGUAUCCGUAAAGAUCCCGCAAUCAAACCGUUCGCGGACGUGCUUGCUGAAAUACAGCAAAGCCUCAUGCAAUUGCCAAACGCCUCUGUUACCGAUUUCCCGAAGAUGUUACUGUCAUUCGGCCAGACUAUAUCAAAUGCUGUAGUGACCAUCCCGGCUCUGCCGGUUAGUCUGGUAUCGAGGAUCUUGGGAUUGUUCAGCGCGGUACUACGCGGUGUCGUAAAUGUAAUGACAGGAUCGGUUAAUAUUUUUUAACAGAGGUAUUCACGGUGUAUGUAGAAUUUCUUAGGGUUGAUUAUUUAUUAAAAAAAUAACUGCAUGUAGCGAAAUAUAUUACUAGUGUAAUAAAGUUGCAUAAGUAAUAUGAAUCACGACCAA